AUGAAAAAGCUUCUCCUGGUUGCGUUGUUUUACUUGCUAAAAGAGCAGCUUCCCGCACACGCGGAAGAACACAUCUGUGAUUUCACCAAGGAGAAGUACCUUCUAGGAAAAAAUGAAAAAGAAUACUGUGUGGUGGAAGCCAAACCUUUUGACAGCGUAACUUUUAUAUGUCCGAAAAAAAUCGGAGCACAGUGCUUUCAAAAUGUGAACACAGAAGAUGAUAUAAGUAAAGAGAAAAUGGAAUCAUCGAAAUUAGCCAUAGAUGAGCUGCUAUACGGAUCGACCCUAUAUGGAGACACCCUCCUAAUAUCUCCCACAGUGAAGCAAAGCAAAACGUUCUACUGUUUCUGUAACUUAGAAAUGAAGGACAUGAAGAAGUAUCUACAGAAGAAAAGAUUGUCCAAGGAAAAGGAAAAAGAAAAAGAAAAUGCAAAAAAGAAAUCCACCGUCAAUGUGGACAAUUUGGAAAAUGCGGAUGAAGACAUGGAGGUGAUAGUCCCACAGAAGCAAGAAGAUCAGAACCUAGUUCGAGCAUUACAUAGGGUAAGAAAAAUUAUGAAUAUAAUAGAGCGUGAAAAGAACAAAGAGGAGGAAGGAGACGAUUCUGAAAAAAAGAAAGAAGAGGACAAAGAAGAAGAAGAAGAAGAAGAAGAAGAAGAAGAACUUGUAGUUGAAGAGAAGGAGGAAGAAAAGGAUAAGAAUAAAAUUGAAAAAAUUAUUACAAAGUAUGGAGUAAUGAAAGUUGUUGUUUCUACAAAUCAUACAAUAACUAAAGGAUGCGACUUCGGAAAUAAUGUAGUGAAUUAUUUUUCUAAACCCUACCCUAUUGAGAGGUAUGGAGGCAGUAAGGUGUGCAGAAUUGAGGCGAAGCCAGGGGAGUUUGUCGGAUUCAAGUGCAUAUAUGAUAACACGGGCAGCGUUGAACCACAUAACUGCUUUGACAAGGUUUUUUACGAGGGUAAAGAAACCGAUUUACAGACCCUCAUGCCCGGCUAUAUAUCAUAUGGAAACAAGAAGAAGGGGAAGUACGCCUUUUACUUAAAAUUACCCCACUUUGUGCAACACAGCUAUACCAUUCGGUGCAAGUGCAGGUCUACCGUUUGGCAGUAUGAUGACUACGUGUUUGAGCUUGCGGUCGAGGGAGGAGAAAGCGACGUUGUUGCUAAGUCUUUCCAUGAGUAA